AUGUCGUCAACCGGCCCCUCCAAAUCCCCAGCUCCUCGUCCCAAUACGAUACGGGCGCCUUCCUUCACUCGCCAGAGCGAAGAUAGCGAUCCUCUUCGAGUCCCGAAACGAGCUCAAACAUUCCAGAAUGGCAGUGCGGCUGACCCGUUGACGACGACCGCGACCGUCGCCAGCAAGGCCCAGCAGAAGCCAGCAGACGAGACCGAGGGUCCUGAUGCUUUCGAGACUGCCGGAAGGCCGUCAACAGACAACGACGAUGGAUUUGACGGCCGAGGCUCUGUGGACCUGGGUGAGCUUCCAAUUGAGCUAGUUAGUCUGACCGAUAGCUUCGUCGAGUCUCUCAGCUCUAGAACCCACCCCGCGCCUUUGACCAUCGACAAAGUCUCUGAAUUAUUCCAGGAUUUCUACCAAGUCGCAUCCACCCACGUCAACACACACAUCUCUAGCCUGAUCACACGGCAUAAUCGGGAUGCUUCGCCUGCGCCGUCCGCGUCAUCCAAGGUCUCCACAGCUAGCAGGCUUCGAGCCAAGGCGGCUUCCCUCGGAAGCAAGGAUAAACCCAAAAAUCUUCCCAAACCGGAGCCGGAGCAGCAGAUGAUCACCGCCGAAGAACUCGCCAACAAGAAGAAGGCGCGGAAAGCAAUCGAAGCCAAGCGCGGCAUCAUCGAAGAGGCAGUGGAGCGCAGAUUGUGCGAAGGCAUCUACAAUAAGAUCUAUCGCCACAAGAGCACCCAAGACGAAGCGCAGGAUUCAAAGCUGCGAUCCAAGACCGCGGCACUCGCACUAGUCGGCAUUGGACCGGCCGACCUGGGAAUCGACCUUGGCGACGAUGCAUCGCAGACGCCCGAAGCGGCUGCAGAAAAGGCUGAGGAGAUCAAGAAAUCGCUUGAGCAGGCCAGAAGAGACCUGAUUCUCAUGAAUGAGAAGCGAUAUCCGCUUGGCAAGGUACAUCACUUGAAAGCAGCACACAAGGAUAUUGUCGAGACUCUCGCGCAAUUCCACCCGUCUGCAUCUGCAGAUGAGAUUAUGCCUAUGCUCAUCUUCACCCUCAUCACGCUUCCUCCUGAACAUCUCAACGUUAUUAGCGACCUGCACUUUAUUCAGCACUUUAGAUGGGAGCCGAAAUUGACGGGCGAGGCUGCUUACUGCUUGACGAACCUGGAAGCAGCCAUCAGUUUCCUAGAGACGGUCGAUCUGUCUACGCUGAGGGCCGAUGAGUUACCCCAAGGUCCUGCCAGAGGUAUGAGCCAGCCGGGCACUCCGCGGGCUGAGACAUUCCCCCCGGCGUUCCCGCCUGGACUGACAGUCACGGCGGAUCCUUCGGUGGAGACCGACUCUGGCAAUGCCACGCCAACGAGACCGCCUGCGUCGCCUUCAGCAUCAGCCGGGCUACGUGCUGCGGUUCAAGCUCGGAAUAGAAGACUGAGCGAGCUCGUCAACACGCCUGCUCAGGCCAUUGGUGCCGCAAGUGAUGCAGUGCUCAACACGGCCGAUCAACACUUAAAGACGAUUUCGACGAGCUUGGGCGAUAGCUACAAGUUCCUGGUCGGCAAGUUGCGCGAGACACAGGGAACUCCGACUGAAUCAGGCCAAGGACUCGUCGUGCCUAAGACGCUCGAUGAUGCUCGAAAGCUGAUGAGCACCCCACCUCCUGAAGAGGAAGGGUCUGUUAGUGGUGCCAGCUCAAUUCAUGGCACGGAGGAGGCCGCAUCUACUCGCCGACCUGCGGUCCGCGAAGACAAGGUUCUCAACCUCAUCGGUGGACGCAAAGUCAGUCGAGAUCACAGCGCAGACAGCUCGCGAAGCGUCAAUAGCUCCAGAAAGGUGCUCUUCGCCAAGGAAGGGGAGAAGGAUCUGCCGACGCCGUCUCCUGGAAACGCAACCAACCCUCUUGACUCAGUGAGGAACUUUGGCAACUCCUUUUCCAGGUUUUCCGGCAUGAGCAUGAUCAGAGGUCUGAGCCGGACCGCGUCCACGCCUAUUGUGGCGAAGGAAGCACCCAAGGAUAUGGCCAAGGAUGGUCUAGCUACCAAGGUAGCUGACGGUGGCGACCUGGCAAGUGCCUUCCCGGACAUUGCAGCUGCUUUACCGCCCAAGCAGACACCAAAGAUCAGUCCGCCGAACAAGCGUUUCAUGGAGAUGCAGAACCCCGGCGACCUGAAGAUCGGCGAGGUUCUCGAAUUGCUGCGCGACUAUCGACGACUGGCGACCACACUCAAGGACAUGGGAGCCUUUGAGGGGUCCAAGUGA